AUGGCAGUUCGUAUACGUCCAGCUACUACACUAGCUGUUGUCCUAGCUAUAGCUUUUGCUUUCCAUUUGAUUACAAUACUUUCAGUCCCAAUAACAAGUUCAAUAACAUUGUGCACUUAUGAUGGUUACAAAUUUGGUGUUUUCGGUCUAUGUCAUGGUGAUAAAUGCUCAAACCCUGCUAUUGGGUAUAGUGGUAAAGAACUUGGUGAUGUUGAUGGGUUUUCACUACCUUCAAAUGCAAGACAUUCAGUAUCAAAAUUAUUAGUUGUUCACCCUAUAGCUGCUGGGUUUGUACUUAUUUCACUUGUCUCAUCAGUAUUAUUACACUGGCAUGGACCUUCAAAUUCGUUAAGAUUUUUGUUUUUCUUAUUGUUAUGGACUAUUCCAAGUUUCUUAAUCUCAUUGUUAUCCUUUUUAGUUGAUAUAUUAUUAUUUGUCCCACAUUUGGAUUGGGGUGGAUGGAUUAUUUUAGCUUCUACAGUGUUAAUUGCCAUUUCAGGUGUCUUAUUAUGUAUUAUGAGAAGAACAAUUUCAUCAAGAAGAGGUUUAAAACGUAAAGAUACAUUCAAUAAUAAUGAUUAUCAUUUACAACCUUUAAAUUAUGGUUAUGGUACUGUGGAUGGUAAUUCAGAUACAAAAUUCGGCUCCAAAUCAUUUGAAGGUAAAGAUGAAGAUGAAAGAGCUCCUUUUGUUCAUGAAAAUGAUGAAAAUUAUGAUAAUACUAUGAAUGUGACUAGAACAAAUGAAGAUUUAAAUAAUUACCCAUCUACUCAAUUAUAUGAUUCAAUGCGUGGUGAAAAUAAUAGAAGUGCACAAAGUAACUCAACAGGUUAUAGAUCACCAGAAAAUAUAUUGGCACCUUUAUCAACUGCUUAUAGAGGAGCAGCUUAUAAUGAUACAUUACCAGAAGAUUCAACUCAACAACAUAUCAUAAAUUCAACUUCACCACAACCAAAUCAAUAUCAAGAUGAACCUUAUUCACAACAACAACAACCUUUAAUUCCACAAAAUACAUCCUCUUCACCUGAUUAUUCUGCACCAUAUCCAACAAAUCUUCCAAAUACUGAUUUCCCAUCAACUUCAUCACCUCCAUCUCAACAACAGGAACAACAACAUAGAUGGAAUGCACCAUAUCCAGAAGAUAAUGAUUAUAGUACAAGAAGUUAUGAUCGUAAUAGUACACCUCAUGUUGGAUCAAGACCUUCGGGACCUCGUCCAAUGCCAUUUGCAUCAAGUGGUAUACAAGAAGAAUUACCUUUAUUACCUUCAGAAAUCGCUGCAAAUACUUUAAAUUUAAAUAGAGGUGAUAUAGGACAACCUUCGAAUGUUGAACUUGAUCAAUCAAGAGAAUCUAAUGAAAGCCCAAGUGCUCCACCAUUACCUUUAGAUGAUGAUGAUUCAAACGAUGAAUAUGAUGAUGCUGAAACAACAUUACCUGCAUAUCCACAUGAAGAAAAUCCGCAUCCAUUGGUUCAAGAAACUAAAAGACUUUAUGAAAGUGAACCACCAUCACAACAGCAACAACAUCAACAUCAACAAGAGGAUGAAAUGUUACAAGCACCAUCUUCUUCAAAUAAUCAUGAUGUUUCAAGACAAGCAACAUAUAGAACUAAAAUUGCUAAUGCUAUUGAUCAAUUACAAGGUACUCCAAUAGCUAAUAAUAGUGAAUAUUUGGCAACAAAUGAUAGUUUAUUAAGCUCGACUUCACACUUGAACCUAAAUGCAUCUUCAAAUAGUGUUGCUGCUAAUAAUCAACAACAUGGAAAUAAUUUUGAUGAUGAAGAUGAUGAUGACUUAUAUAGUGCACCUGCAAGAUCCGUUACAGUGGUACCUGAAGAAUCUGAAGCACCUCCAUUACCAUCACCAAGUGCAGAAUCUUUCCAAAGUGAUGCAUCAUCAAAUUAUUCAUCACAAGUCCCAUCAGCUUUAAAUUCACCAUUAGAUCCACCAACUAGAGGUCAUUCAUUACUAAGACCUAAUAGAGGACCAUCAGCAUCACAUUUAAGACCAAAUGAUUCAUUAUAUGAUCAUCAUGAAAGAAUCCCAUCAGCAAGUACAAUAUCUAAUAAGGAAUCAUCAGAAGAUUUAUACCCAUUAUCGGAUCCAUUAGCUAAAAGACCAACACCAGCACCAUCAUUUUCAAAUAUAUCAAUAACAUCUUCAAACUUUACAUCAGUUUCACAAAGAGGUAUCAAUCCAAAAUAUCUUGAAAAAAAUCCUCACGAAGCACCACAAGUUUUACGUACACCACAUACAUUACAAGAAGAUCUUGUACCAAGUAGACAACCAACUUCAACAUCACCACAAAAGACCAAAGCACCACCACAAGAUUUAUUAAUCAUGUCAAAUCCAGAUUUUUCAAUUUCAUCACCAAAUAAAAGAAAUGGUAAGAAAAAACCAUUAACAAGACCUCCAAAUUAUUAA